AUGGAAGCCGUAGAAAGAAUCAUCGGAAGUGAUGUAGUUCUACUCUGGCUUGAUGAUCAUAUUGGUCAAGCUGAAAAUUGUAUUGAACUUAAACAAGAAUUUGAAUCAAAUACAACUAAUAUAUAUUUCUUUAAUGAUGUUGAUCAAUGCCGUCGAUUUUUAUCAUCGAUUCGACAAAAAAAACUUUUCUGUAUUAUUCAAGGUCGACAUGCACAAAGUAUUGUUCCUGAUAUAAUUAAAUAUGGAAUUUUACCAGUGGUUUAUAUUUUUUGUUUUGAUAUGAGUAGUCUAACUAGAUGGGCUUCAGAUAUUGAAUGUAUAUUAGCUGGUGGUAUAUUUACUCAUGAAAAAGAUCUUUUGGCUAGAUUAACACAAGAUUUAUCUGAUUAUGCUAAUUUAAAAGUUCACGAAUAUCGUUUAAAAAGAGCUGCUUGUGAUGAAUGGGCACAAAAUUUAACUAAAAAUGCUAAACGAUUUCGACGGGAACAAUGUACUUUAACCUAUGCUACAGAUCCAUUUAGUAAUAACGAAACACCUUGUGAAGAACCGAAGGAAUAA